CUAAUGCGUAAGCGUUUUGGAACAUGAAGUUCUUCAAGAAUGAAAUUUCUUAAGCCGCAUUUUUUAGUCGUUUUUCUCUCCUUGAGAUUAAAUAUAGUUAAAAAGUCAUUUACUGUGCAUUUCAAUUUAUUAACCGUGUUUUAUCGUUCGAGCAACUGUAUUUAGAUUUCUGUAAGCAAAUAUGUACGACACAGACAUUCCGGCUCAGAGGGCACCAACACCUUAUCCCGUUUUCAGGAAAAAAAAACCGAAAUCUGAAAGCGAGAAGGAAAAUGAAAUUGCCGAGUACUGCAAGGAAAUGCUGCAGAAAUCCAUGCUGACGGGUGUACCGCAAAUAGUUACGGCUCCCACCACUCGAAGCAAAGUUUUUAAGACAUUUGUAUUUUUGGGAAGCAUAACUGGGUUUUUAUAUCAAACGUCAGCUUUCUUGGUGAUGUAUUUCGCUUAUCCUACUUUGGUAGACGUGCAGGUUACAACACCUCCUUAUGUAGAUGUGCCUUCGAUAACAGUCUGCAAUAGAAAUGGGUUACGAAGAAACGAGUACUGUCGCUUGAAACCAAAUAAUUGUGAACCUGUUACCAAUGUUCCAAAGUUCUGCAGCAGUUAUCCUAUAUUUUGUGCAAAUGGAACAAUAAAAGGAAGCAAUAUGUUUCCACGUGAGUUUGCUAUGAUAGAUGAAGCAAGUGCGACUCAAGAAAUUAUGGAAAAACUUGGACAUAAUUCUUACCCUUUGAUAUCUUCUUGUAAUUUCGGAGAUGUAAACGUAACUUUCGACUACUGCAAGAACACCACAUUCACACCGUUUAUGUUCCAAGAUCUUUAUGGAAAGAUGAAAAAAUGCUAUAUAAUUAAUGCAAGAUGGACUAAAUCCUCUCUAAAUCUACCUAUGGUACCCACAAGAGCAGUGUUAAGGCUCAUUCUGGACUUGGAACCGGAAGAAUAUUUCCGUAUAGGACGCCCCGUGGCAGGGCAAUUAGCCAUACAUUCUCCAUGGAAUAUUCUUAAUCCGUUCAAUGAAGGAUUCACAGUGAAGCCAAGAAAAACGUACAUCAUGCAAAUUAAAGAGAAUAUCAAGAACUUGCUGCCCUGGCCUUAUCAGACUAACUGUACAGAUUACAUCAAAAAAUGGGAAAUUAGAGGAAGAAAUGGACCUCUCUCCAAACAGAUGUGUGUUGAAGAGUGUAUACUGAAUCAGACCAUGAAUUCAUGCAGCUGCGUACUAACUAAUAAUCUUUAUCCUCAUAAUUUUAACUUCUGUGCAGAAGCUACGGAUUAUUGCACAAGGCAAGUAAACUACACACAUUGCUUUGUAAAGUGCAGCCCAGAAUGCCACACACGGGACUUCGAGUAUACACUAAGGGAAGAAGACAUUGAAUUGGAGAUAGAAAACCACACCGAAAGAAAAAUAAAUUGGAAUAAGACGGUAGAGAUACUUAUCUUAUUUAAACGAACUCAAGUAAACGUUUAUAGAUACAGAGCUAAGUAUGAAAGCAUUGAAUUAUUUAGUUUCCUGGGAGGUUUUGUGGGCAUAUGGCUCGGAGUUUCUCUCAUAGCUCUGUUAGACUUUAUGGAAUCUUUAGCAACUUUUUUCGUUUUCUUGGUGGAUCGAUUCAAGGCAUCGCCCAGAAUAUCCAAUAUUCGUUCAGCUAUUGGUUCUCGCCUUCGCAGCAACUCAAUCUUCUCCACCGAUUCCACACCAUGGGCAAGACCACACAUUCCUCACCAUAACAACAAUCUGAGAGUUAGCUUUGAUCACAGAAACUCUGUCAUUCCAUGAAUCACUACUUUCUCAUGGAUAAAUUAGUGGAGUAAAUUAAAUGAAGACCACAGAUUAAUGUAAAAUAUCGUGUCUAAGCAACAUCUGGUUGAAAUAUAUUACGGUGUCUAAUUCUUUAAUAAUGAUUUCGUCUUCUUGUAUACAGUUGCUAUGAAGCACUACUUGCAUCCACAGAUUCGUUAUACAGUUGGAUAAUAGAAUAUUUUAAUGCACUUUUACAUCACGUUACAAUGCAUUAUGCUUUUCAUAAUGCUGUUGCCCGUCGUUUCCAGUCAGUCGCUGCCAUUGCCAGUUAGUGGAGGUAAAGUUAAUGAUACGUGAUUGUGCAGCGAGAAGCGGUCGACCGAAUGUCGGUUGCCUUCUGUGUAACUGGUCGAUUCUUAUACCUUCUUGAUGUAAAGUUGAAAAGUUAGAACAUUUAGGCAAGAUUCUAAACGUUAAAAUAAUUUAAAGCUAAUGAAUGAUAUGUUAAGACAUUUUUAAUUAUUUAACAUUAGAGAUAUGUUAUAUAUUUGAUAUUUUGUUUUUAUAAACUUACACAACUUCUUUUGUUAAAAUUUUCAUAGCUCACUACUGAUUCUGACUGCUGUUGAAUGGUGGGGUACCUUAAUUUUUCAGGCUACAGUGUUCGAAAUACAUUGCAUUUAUUCAGUUAGAAUAAUAAAAAUGUAAGAAAAAAAUUCAAUUUAUGCUGAAUUGAUCGCUUAUCUGUCUUUAGCAUCAGGCAGAUUUUACUUUAUAAAGCUUUCCUUUUAGACACAUUUUAUUGUACGUAUUACUAAUAGUUACUAUAUGUACUCCAUUAAGAUAUACUCUUAUAUAUAAUGAAAAGCAUUAAUUUCAUCAUUUUAUAUGUGUUCAGCAAAGGAGUUUCACAAAUAUAAUAAAAUAAAAUGCUUUUCGCAAUUAUUUUUUCAGUAAUCGUAACAUAUUGCUUAAACCAAUGGUCUCAAACUAGUUGUCAGAGAGUAUAUUUUAGUUACGUGUUUCCUGCAGUACAGUAUCAGAAACAUUUCAAGAUUUUAAUUAUUUGAAGUCCGAGUUUACGUUAUUUUCAUUUUCAUUAAAAACAAAUAUGAAUAGCGCAUAACAAAAUCUGUAAAUUGAAAUAACUAAUUUACAACGAGAUAUAAAUCUUAUACAAAGAUUUGAAGAUACAAUUUGAUUGACUUUUAUUCGUACAUGUCAAAAAAUAGUAAAUACGCCGAGUUGCAAAUUUUUCUACUUAGAAUAAUCGCUUUUGUUGGGAAUGCAUUUAUAUAUGAACAGCAUUUUUUUAUAGUUGAAAAUUAAUAAGAAAAGAACCCGAUUGAUCGAUAAGCAUCUACAGUCUGUGAUAAUAAAAUCAAAUUUUAUAUUUACAUACAAAAUUUAUAAUUAUGUACGAACAAAGAUAUGCAUUUUUAAUUUACGUAUCGAUGGAAAAUUUAAUAAAUAAGAGAAAGAGACUAAGCUAUCAUUAUCUAUUCUCACGUUUGUCCUACUUAAACGUUUUCUCUGAAAGAUUAGAAAACUUUCAUAUUUUGCUUAUUUUUAGUUUAAAUAAAAGUAAGUUAUUUAAUUAUUAGGUAAACAUAUUAGAAUUAUUUGAAAUAAAUAUCAGUAAAAAAUAUUAAUUUUAAUGUGUUUGAAUUACAAAGUAUAAACAGCAGAAUAGUCUUGCAAGUACCAAAUACCGUAUUUGCCGGCGUAUACGAAGCACCGUCCUAUAAGACGCACUCCCUUUUUCGUACACAUUUUUUAAGGAUAAAACUUUAUUUCUGGUCCUUAUAAUGAAUUUACAGUAUUUUAAGUAUAAUGUAAUACACAUACAAAGUAAUACUUUUUGAAAAUACUCAAUUUAUCUGGGAAAGAACACCUUUUAAUCUCCUUCGUCAAAACACACGCUCAUAUCCAGAGCUGAAUGAAGACUCACUUGAAACCUCUUCUAAAUCAGCAUCUGAGUCCUCGUACAAAUUGUCCUCUGUACCAUCCAGUGCAUACUAAUGCCACACUUCUUAAAUGAUUUAACAACUGUGUAUAUUUUCACAGCAUCUCAUGAAGCUUUGACCCAUUGACAAACGACGUAUCGACGCAAUAAGUAUCGACGUAUAAGACGCAGUAUUGGCGUAUAAGACGCACCUAUUUUGAAAGGAAAAAAGUGCGUCUUAUACGCCGGCAAAUAUGGUAAAUAUAGGAAAAAAUAGAAAAAGAAAAUAAAUA